AUGGUAGCUGAAAUCCAAACCAUUCCAACAAAGCCAUACCAAGACCAAAAGCCAGGUACUUCUGGUUUAAGAAAGAAGACUAAGGUCUUCAUGGAUGAACCAAAUUAUACCGAGAAUUUUAUCCAAGCCAUUAUGGAUGCUAUCCCAGAAGGCUCUAAAGACGCAACUUUGGUUGUAGGUGGUGACGGUCGUUUCUAUAACGAUGUUAUCAUGAACAAAAUUGCUGCUAUUGGUGCCGCUAAUGGUGUUAAAAAAUUGAUUAUUGGUCAAAACGGUAUUUUGUCAACUCCAGCUGCUUCUCAUAUUAUUAGAACUUAUAAAGAUAAAGUUACUGGUGGUAUCAUUUUAACUGCUUCUCAUAACCCAGGUGGUCCAACUAACGAUUUAGGUAUCAAAUAUAAUUUAGGCAACGGUGCUCCAGCUCCAGAAGCUGUUACUGAUGCUAUUUGGGAAGCUUCAAAAAAAUUGACUGAUUACAAAAUUGUCAAUGAUUUCCCAGAAUUAGAUUUAGCUACUAUCGUUGAAAAUAAAAAAUACGGUAAUUUGUUGGUGGAUAUCAUCGAUAGUACUGAAGCUUAUGUUAAAUAUAUGAAGGAAAUUUUUGAUUUCCCAUUGAUUAAGAAAUUCAUUGUUUCCCAACGCGAAACCAAAAAUUGGAAGUUAUUAUUCGAUUCAUUGAACGGUGUCACUGGUCCAUAUGGUAAGGCUAUAUUUGCCGAUGAAUUCGGUUUGCCAGCUGAUGAAGUUUUGCAAAACUACGUUCCAAAACCAGAUUUCGGUGGUUUGCACCCAGAUCCAAAUUUAACUUACGCAAAAACUCUAGUUAGCAGAGUCGACAAGGAAAAAAUUGAAUUUGGUGCUGCAUCUGAUGGUGAUGGUGAUAGAAAUAUGAUUUACGGUUACGGUCCAACUUUCGUUUCUCCAGGUGAUUCUGUUGCUAUUAUUGCCGAAUAUGCCUCUGAAAUCCCUUACUUUGCUAAACAAGGUAUCUAUGGUUUAGCUCGUUCAUUCCCUACAUCUAGUGCCAUUGAUAGAGUUGCUAAAGAACAUAAUUUGAAUUGUUAUGAAGUUCCAACCGGUUGGAAAUUCUUCUGUAAAUUAUUCGAUGAAAAUAAGCUAUCUAUUUGUGGUGAAGAAUCCUUCGGUACAGGUUCUAAUCAUGUCAGAGAAAAGGAUGGUGUUUGGGCUAUUAUGGCUUGGUUGAACAUCUUGGCCAUUUACAACAAGAAACAUCCAGAAAGAGAUGCUUCUUUAAAGACAAUUCAAGAUGAAUUCUGGGCUAAGUAUGGUCGUACUUUCUUCACUCGUUACGAUUUUGAAAACAUCAAAUCUGAAACUGCUAAUGAAAUCGUUGACAUUUUAAAGAACUUUAUUUCUAAGUCAGAUGCUAUUGGUUCAGUAUUCCCAGCAGAUGAAUCCCUAAAGAUCGCAGAUUGUGGUGAUUUCUCUUAUACUGAUUUAGAUGGUUCUGUUUCUAAGAACCAAGGUUUAUUUAUCAAAUUCUCCAAUGGUGCUAGAUUAGUUUUGAGAUUAUCCGGUACUGGUUCUUCAGGUGCAACUAUUAGAAUGUAUGUGGAACAAUAUACAGAUGAUUCUAAGAAAUACCAAGAAGCUGCUGAUGAUUUCUUGAAACCAGUCAUUAAGAGUGUUCUAAAAUUCUUAAAAUUCAAGGAAAUUUUAGGCUCUGAUGAACCAACUGUCAAGACUUAA